AUGGAGCAAAACGUACAAGUUGUAACAAAGAAGUUGUGGCACGUAGUGAGAGUUGCCUUCUUCAUGGUUAGGAAAAACAUGAGCAAAAGAAAACUCCUCCUAGACCUUAAAUACCUAACCAUGAAACGCCCGAAGCUUGCCGGAAAAUUGUACGCCGGAAAACUCGCCCACCACCAUCGCCCUAGUGGCGCUUAUGAGUGUAAUUGUACAAACACCCCAAGCAACCCAAACUAUUUCGCAUUUCAGUUUAACAACAAUGAGAGGGCCCACAAAAAUAAAGACUACACGAGUUCUCCUAUUUAUGAGGAAGUGGAGGAGUGUGAAAUACACGCGGUCAAUAAGGUGCUUGAAAUGAUUAUGACUCCAAAUUCUCAAAUCGACGAUAUUGAGGGUUCUCCAUUACCUUAUUUUUACUCGCCCGUUUUAGACGGGUUUGGGUUAGGACGGACCCCGAUUGUGAGGGUGACAGACUCUCCAUACCCGUUGCAUGACAACGAAGUGGGAAAUUAUAAGGUAGAUGAGGCUGCGGAGGAGUUUAUUCAGAGGUUUUAUAAUCACCUUAAACAACAAAAGAUAACGGAUGUUUAA